AUGUUUGUUGCACCGGCUGAUGGCACUUUCCUUGAAAUCAGCAAAUAUUUGUACAACAAAUCAUGCGCUCUUGUUGGUUCAUCAGCUCAACUGCUAAAUCAUUCAUAUGGAAGUGACAUAGACAGUCAUGAUGUCGUUGUGCGAGUCAAUGAUGCUCCAAUAAGAGGUUAUGAGAAAUAUGUAGGAAGACGUACAGCUGAUGUGAUAUUUACCAGUGCAGGUCAAGCAAUGAACAGAUGUCCAAAUACAGUACACAAUCGAACAAUAAUCGUUAAAGGCUGGUAUCUUGCUCCAUUAGCAGGAGUGGAGGAUUGCAAGGAGAGAUUUUCACUCCCCGUUUAUUCAAUCUCACCAUACCUCACUGCAUUCACUAUAGACAUGUUAACAGAGUACGAAUUGAAGUGUUUCAAUGACAACAGCAUUUCAAAACCUACUUCAGGACUGUACGCUAUCGUGUUUUGUCUCAACUUUUGUUGA